UCCAAGUGGUGCGCAGUCAAGUUUUGUUCAUUGUUCAAGUGCUGAACCGUCCGCCCCCCCGCUCAGAUUCGGUUACGUUUCGUCACCAGCACUACCAGCAACAGCAACAACAACAACAACUAACGACGGCUAUAAACGCUAUAAACAAAUCACCAAAUACACACAAAUAAAAAACCGCAAAAACAAUGAAGAAAUUUUUAGUUGUGUUUGUGGCAUUAUUCGGAGCCGCCGUGGCCCAACAGAGCUUCAAAUGCCCCGAUGACUUUGGCUUCUAUCCACAUGAGACCUCCUGCGAUAAAUACUGGAAGUGCGACAAUGGCGUCUCCGAGCUCAAGACCUGCGGCAAUGGACUCGCCUUUGAUGCUACGGACUCCAAAUACCUAACGGAGAACUGCGACUAUCUGCACAACGUGGAGUGCGGUGAACGCACAGAGUUGGAACCACCAAUAACUACACCACACUGUUCUCGCUUGUACGGCAUCUUCCCCGAUGAGAACAAGUGCGAUGUGUUCUGGAACUGCUGGAACGGCGAACCAUCCAGAUAUCAGUGCUCACCCGGUCUGGCCUACGAUCGUGAAGCUCGUGUCUGCAUGUGGGCCGAUCAGGUGCCCGAGUGCAAGAACGAAGAGGUUGCCAACGGUUUUGCCUGCCCUGCUGCUGGUGAGCUGGCCAAUACUGGCUCCUUCUCACGUCACGCACAUCCCGAGGAUUGCCGCAAGUAUUACAUCUGCUUGGAGGGUGUUGCCCGUGAGUAUGGCUGCCCCAUUGGCACUGUGUUCAAGAUUGGCGAUAGCGACGGCACUGGUAACUGCGAGGAUCCCGAGGAUGUUCCCGGCUGCGAGGAUUACUAUGGUGAUGUAGACCUCAAAGCAUUAAAAAAACUGGGCUUUUAAAAAUACAAAAUCAGCACACAAAAGCCAUGCCAGCUGGGAUGCCAGAAUCGUGGACGCAUGGUGCACAGACGAGAGCAAAAAAAAACAGAAAGAGCCGCCAUACCAGCGGGUUUUAAAGGCUUGCCACACAAAGAAUAUUAAGAAAUACUCUUAUAUUGUUAAACAGUUGACUUUAAAGACUGAACAAACAUAGAUACAUUGAGGAGAAGCCUUAAAAAUACUGAAAACCUUCAAUUAAAUAUCAAAGAAAAUGAAACAGGCAAGUUACAAUAGGAGUUAACAAGACAAUGGCUUGAAAGAACAUACAAACUAAACCUGAAAAAUAUAUUCAAGACAUUUCCUUUAAUUACGGUAAAUAAGUGCAAACCACAAGUCCACUGGAAACUGGCUAUUGUAUGCCAAAUAGAUAUUUGGCUUCAUUAGCAUUUAUAUAAGCCCGAAAGUCGUAAAUGAUACAGACCAAAUUCCAAGCAAAGUCAAAUUUAACUUAUUAACCAAAUGU